GCCCGCACCUCUUCACACUUGUGCCGACGACACAGCGUGAACCCUCGACAAUCCAGAGCCUGGUCCGCCUGUCUGCCACUUCGCAUGCGGCUAACCUUGCUCUUUCACGGACUCUCGCACACCAGCAACGAAAUACGCUCCGACUACACAGAGUCCCACGGCCUCUUCUGUCCCGAGUCGACCACCCAAGCUCCGCCCUUGUGCUGCGACUCUGUAGUCCGAUCGUCCCCGAACCACGAACUGCAAAGGCUCGCGCUUGCUCAGCAGUCUCUUCCGCCUCGCUGUACUAGACGUGUGCCGCAUGACAAAAUGCCUGCCAACCAAUACUUCAACUCGCAUCGCGCGCGGUCGUACUUGUCGCGACUCCCCCUGUUCACGCGGGCCCUCAUCGUCAUAAUAGCGGCGCUCUGGGUAGCUACACUACAAUCGGUCUUCGACUUGAAAAAAUGGGGUGCUCUCAUACCUGAUGAAAUCAACAUCUUCACCAUGUACCGACUGAAUACUUUUCCGCUACUGCACCUCAACUUUUUCCACGCGCUGUUCAACACACUCGCUCUGACACCACUCAUGGAGCGUUUCGAGGCCGAGUUCGGGACCCUGACAUCGCUCGCCCUCUUCUUUGGGCCACUGACCAUGAUCCCUGCGUUUGCGUACAUUUUUAUUGAACGAAUCGUCAUGGGUGGCAACACGGCUGUGAUGGGCGCGAGUAUGUGGGUGUUCUUGUUGCUUGGGAUGGAGGGCAUCCGAACAUACAAGACGAACCCGCAUCUCGUCAUUGCGACCUACAACAUUCCCACUUGGACAACGCCACUAGUUAUGGUACUUGUUGUACAAGCACUUGUACCUGGCACAAGCUUCAUUGGUCACCUGUGCGGUGUAGGCACGGGAUAUCUUUUCGGCCUUGGCUACCUGAAGUUCGUGGCACCGCCAGAGUGGGCAUUGCGGUGGAUCGAAUCGAAACUCAACUUGCUGGGCAGACUCCCUCACUAUGUCAGUAUUGAUCAGAAGACAUACGGGCGAUUCGGCGUCCUGCCCUCCAGCGGCGGUCCGACCGCACCGUUGGCGAUGGUUGGCGGAGGCCAAAGACUUGGUCCCUGAGCUACCUGCGAAGCAUGUCAGAGAGGUCUCCCUGGCCACGGCCCCAGCUGGAAGCUCUAGAGAACGUGGCUGGCGCAAAGAGCACUUGCCACAAGUAGCUUGGGCAGAUUUCACGUAUAUACUUGAUAGAGGUGGUGUAUAUAAGCAUUGUUCCGGUACGACUCGUAGAAGAAGAGAAUACCCAUGCAACACAUGUAUGCAUACUUCAAGUAUGCUGCUGCUCACGGCAGCCAGGGGUGACACGAGGACGUCCGAGUCAAUUAUACAAAAUGUUGUGCAUAGAAGGAGUGCGCUGGAAGAUCAUUGUGUCGCGUGAUGCUUUCUGUCAUGGUCUUUGGGGCAGGUCUGAGACCCUACUUCUCGCAAAUAUUCCAAGAGUGAUCGGAAAGAAGGCGAUGAAAAUGGUGUGUUUUCAAGG